UUGUAUUCUAGUGUAUUAUUUCUAAUUUACAUAAAACUAGUAGGCUGUUUUGCAAAUGAUUUUUGGCUGCGGCCCCUCAGGCCAUAGUAAGUUUUUAUGCGGCCUAUACACCUUAACGAGUUUGACAUGCCUGAUUUAAAUGAUGGAAUAUUUAUUAUUGUUUUCAGUCUUCACAUUACAAGGUUCAUCAUCAUCAAACUCCAUUUGAGGCUUGAGAGGCUUAAAUCCUCUCUUGUAAAAGCCCUGGACAGAAACCCUGCUGUCUUGCGUAGUGCGUAUAUGUCACUAUACGGUCGAGAAUUUUUAGUUUCCUAGACCUGUCGAGGCGGAGAUCAGCAAGUCUGGGGCAGUCAAACAGAAUAUGAGUCACGGUUUCCUCUUCUUCCCCCCAGCGGGGGCACCGUGAAUCGAAAUUGGGCCAUAGCCGUGAGAAAUAUGAGCCAACAGGACAGUGGCCUGUCCUGCACUGUGCUAUAAUGGCUUUCUCAGGCCUGGACAGCCUCCACCACGGGGAAGUGCGGCCAGGGCGCCUCAUGCGCUCCCAGACUCCACGGGCUUUUUGAGACUUGUCCCAGAACUCAAACCACAUUACAAGGUUAGAAAUCAGUGAAAAAUACAUUUGAAGUUCAUGAAUCAGCGAAUUGCAAUAUUAACUAAGCAGGGGGUCUACCGAAUAUCGGAAAACAUUGCAAGGGGUCUACGAGCUAAAAAAGUUUGGGAACCACUGGUUUAGAUGUAGGAAUCUAGGACUAGGAUCACUCGUGACUGCGUCGUGUUUGUAAGUUCUGUGUAGUCACUCAAGUGUACGCAGAAAUAUGCUUUAAUUAAUAUUAUCUAGCUAUAUCUAUAGUUUCUAAAGCGUCUCCCAACCCUUUAUUCUUCUUUGAAAGUGUUAAAGAAACAGUGCAUCAAUCAUGCAUCAAUCACAUACGCUGACAGCAUCAGAUUAUGAUCAGAUAAACAAAAAAAGGGUCUACAAGGGAGAUCAAUCUAAUUCAUUUGUAACACUGUCAACAUCAUGUCGGUCUGUGUAAUGUAGACUGUACAUUUUUGUAGAUCUAUCUAGAUCUACGAGUCUAUUAGAUAUAGAUUUAGAUCGAGUUUUUAGACAGUAUAAUAUUAAAGAUCUGAGCAGGAUGUCUGUAUUAUGACCAGAAUGCUGUCUAGGAAAGAUAAAAGGCAUCUUGGAUCUAUUUGCAGCUCCUUAAGUCAGCUUAAUGAUGAUUUGGUGAUAGCCUCUCGUUAUGGGGAUGCUCACAAAGUCUCACAGUUGCUGCAGAUAGGAGCCAGAAUUGAUUACUGGCCCAAAGAAAUGAAGGUUGUCGAUUUCAAUAACACUCCGUUUAGAGAUCCAAGUGAAGUGAGCUUGGAGGAACUCUUAUUUCACAGAAGCAUGGCCAUAUAUACUGCUUGCAAUCACGGGCACUUAAAGGUCAUCUUGCUGCUGUUUAAGCACCUCAGUCGCAGGGACAUGGUGAUGGGUUACUGGCUCGUCUUGCUGAAGACUUACAGAAACAAACAGAGUCUGCACAGUGAGCCGAGUGAUGUUGCUGUUCUUAACAGCGUGCGUUGUAUUCACAACAUUUUGUUCACUAGAAGCUCAAACAUGGGGAUAUUGAAAGAACUUAUUGAUGCUGGAGCGGAUCCCAAUGCAAAGUGCUUAUGUGGAAUGACACCUCUGGUGAGUGCGGUAUCCUUAGAGCAAUGUGAUAUGGAAGUGGUGCACACAUUGCUACAGUCAGGUGCUAGCCCAAACCUUUGUUGCAAAGAUAAUGUAUCACCUCUGUCCAUGGCUGCCAAAUUUGGAAAUCUCAAGGCUAUGGAAACUUUAUUACAAUAUGGGGCUGAUGCAAGUUUACACAAUAGAGAUUGGCAACAUCCGCUGGUCUAUUCUGUCAUCCGUGGAGAUGCUGCCCAAGUGAAAUUACUUUUGAAUCAGGGUCUCCGUCCAUUUGCUAUGUUGCAAUUUGUCGUGCACGCCCAUCAUUCGUUGGCCUUCCAAGUGCAUGACUGUAAAUUUUUUGAUAAACACGUUUCCUUGCUUUACAUCGCUCUGUACUGUGGCAUGGAGGAUGUAGCCCAGCUGUUACUGGAGAAAAAUUUCGUAACCAUUUUCGACCUUCGCUGUCUUCAAAAAGACCAAGUUUUAUACAAUCAUCUUUGUUCUGAACAGAAAUACAAAGAUACCUUGGCACUGUAUGAAAAGAUUCAAUCCAAGCCUUGGUCCCUUUUUACUUUUUGUUUCUUUGUUAUAUCUGAACAAGUUGGAUUUGGUUCAGAGAGGAGAGAAAAGCUUGGAUGUCUAGGACUGCCCAAUUUAAUUGUCAGAAAGUUAUUAUUUUCAGACCAGUAAUUCCAUGUUAGCCAACAUAGAUUAGGAAGUUGUGUCUGUUGAAUGUUUGGAUGAGUGUAUUAUUUGAUGGUUUUGAAAAUGUGAUGAAACAUUACAUCUCAUUUGUCAUGGACAUCUUAAACUCAAGAUGAAUGUAUUAACUCAAGAUGGAUGUGAACUCAAGAUAAUAUAUUGAUAAAAGUUUAGUUGUUGAUUUUGAAAAUGAAAUGAAGCAAUGCAUCUCAUUUGUCAUAGAGAUCUUCAACUCAAGAUGAAUGUAUUAACUCAAGAUGGAGGUGAACUGAAGAAUAUAUCGAUAAAAAUUAACUCUUUAUCUCCAUAAUUAUUUUUAACGUUCUGACAGAUUUGUUCAUUUUUUACAUUUGUACAUUCGAACCUGUUAUUAUUAAAUGUCAAUAACAUUUAUGUUUGUAAUCAGAAAACAUAACUUUUGGUAUAGAAUUAUAGGAGAAUGCAUGCUCUUUUAAAUAACACAAAUACAAGUUUAUAAAAACAAAAAUUAAAUUAAAUUUAAUGGGAUCAAAUCAAUGAUGGUAUCAUUAAUUUGGAGAGAAAGAGUUAAGUUGUUGAUUUUGAAAAUGAAAUGAUGCAAUUCAUCUCAUUAGUCAUGGAAAUCUUAAACUCAACAUAAAUGUAUUAUGAUGUCUUAAAGUCUAGAUGGAUGUGUUAUGGUACUGAUAUCUUGAACGAAAAAAAAUAUAUUGUUACAUUUUUAAAGUGUGUUAGACAUUAGAUCAUAUAUUAUAUGUAAUAGUAUACUAUACCACCAAAAUAAAUAAACAAAAUAACUAACUAUAGCAUAUAUCUUGCAAUUGUAUAUCAGAAACAAUGUGCAUAAAAAAAUGUUUUUCUUACUGCCAAAAACAAUUGCAUCAAUGUGAUACUCAUGCUUUACAAUACUUCCAUGAUUUGUAUAGAACAGAACCAAAACUUUCUCUCUUCCUGAAUCCCAUAUUUUGAUUGUCCUCAGCAUAGUUUUUCCCCCAAUAAUACUAGACCUAGAAUCUCUUCCCACUCAGUAGAACCAACCUGAACCCACCUCAGCAAAAAAAUAAAUAAUUUUUUAAAAAGUAUAUAUAUAUAUUUGGUUUUAGGCCAUUCAGUCUAAAAUUUAUUUAAAAUAUGUAGAGUCUAUGUUAAAUGAAAAAAAAAAAAAGAAGCUAAUUAAUCUUGGAUUAUAAUUGGUACAAAUCAGGGAAAUAGUACAUGAAAUCUUUUAAACUGAAUUUCAUAUCCUCUGUAGCAGGUAAGUCAAUAAUUAGUCAUAUGUGGCUUCAUAUUAACUGCCCCUUUGGACCAUGAAGUCUGAAAAUGUAACUGUACUUUGCAGUAAGAAAAAUUACAUAACUUUGAUGGGAUUUCAUGAAACUAGCUUUGAGCUAAUCUGAUGAUUAAUAAUGUGUAGGCUAUGAUUAUCUUAUAAUGUUAGUGAAAAGUUUCAGUUUGUUUUCAUAUUUCAUUUUUCUAUAAGUUAUCUUCUUAAUAUUAUUUCAUUUCGACCAAACAGAAUUAUGCCAACUAAAAUAUUUUGUUGAUUUGUAAAAAUGUGUGUUGGGGUGCAGAAUUCUUUUGUUUUAAUUUGAAUAGCUUUGCAAUAUUUCACCAUGUAACAAAAGCCUUGAUAUGUCAAAUAGUUGAACUAUGAUUUAAAACAAAUAUUGAAAGUCUCAAGGAAAUAAAGAAAGAAUAUGAAAGCAAUCAAAUUUCAUAAUGAAUUCAAGUCUUGCUAAUUAGACAUGUAUUUGUUUACAAAAGAAUAUGAGACAGCAUUUCAAAGCUUCAAAAAACCCUGUGGAUAUUUUGCGUGUGUGUCCAAUCUAAUUGCAGCGACAUUCCAUUUUUCUCAUUUAAUAUUAGUUGUACAUUUUACCUUAUGAUUACUCUUGUAUUAAUUAUUUAUGAAUUUACUGAGUUAUAUAUAUAUAUAUAUAAUAUAUGCACACAUAUUUUUAUUGUCAAUUUUGAUAUAAACCUCAUCAUGACUAUUUAUUUCUUUAAUAUUAUUAUUAUUUUUAAGUUGAUUUUGUAUAGCACAACCUCCAUGCUUACAGCAUACUCAGAGACCUGUGAUCCAAAAUCUUUUGUGAACCAGUGGGGGGCUGUACCAGGUAGGAAGUUUCCAUGCUUACAGCAUACUCAGUGACCUGUGAUCCAAAAUCUUUUGUGAACCAGUGGGGGGCUGUACCAGGUAGGAAGUUUCCAUGCUUACAGCAUACUCAGUGACCUGUGAUUCAAAAUCUUUUGUGAACCAGUGGGGGGCUGUACCAGGUAGGAAGUUUCCAUGCAUACAGCAUACUCAGAGACCUGUGAUCCAAAAUCUUUUGUGAACCAGUGGGGGGCUGUACCAGGUAGGAAGUUUCCAUGCUUACAGCAUACUCAGUGACCUGUGAUCCAAAAUCUUUUGUGAACCAGUGGGGGGCUGUACCAGGUAGGAAGUUUCCAUGCUUACAGCAUACUCAGUGACCUGUGAUUCAAAAUCUUUUGUGAACCAGUGGGGGGCUGUACCAGGUAGGAAGUUUCCAUGCAUACAGCAUACUCAGUGACCUGUGAUCCAAAAUCUUUUGUGAACCAGUGGGGGGCUGUACCAGGUAGGAAGUUUCCAUGCAUACAGCAUACUCAGAGACCUGUGAUCCAAAAUCUUUUGUGAACCAGUGGGGGGCUGUACCAGGUAGGAAGUUUCCAUGCUUACAGCAUACUCAGAGACCUGUGAUCCAAAAUCUUUUGUGAACCAGUGGGGGGCUGUACCAGGUAGGAAGUUUCCAUGCUUACAGCAUACUCAGAGACCUGUGAUCCAAAAUCUUUUGUGAACCAGUGGGGGGCUGUACCAGGUAGGAAGUUUCCAUGCUUACAGCAUACUCAGAGACCUAUGAUCCAAAUUCUUUUGUGAACCAGUGGGGGGUUGUACCAGGUAGGAAGUUUCCAUGCUUACAGCAUACUCAGAGACCUAUGAUCCAAAUUCUUUUGUGAACCAGUGGGGGGUUGUACCAGGUAGGAAGUUUCCAUGCUUACAGCAUACUCAGAGACCUGUGAUCCAAAAUCUUUUGUGAACCAGUGGGGGGUUGUACCAGGUAGGAAGUUUCCAUGCUUACAGCAUACUCAGUGACCUGUGAUCCAAAUUCUUUUGUGAACCAGUGGGGGGCUGUACCAGGUAGGGAGUUUCCAUGCUUACAGCAUACUCAGAGACCUAUGAUCCAAAUUCUUUUGUGAACCAGUGGGGGGCUGUACCAGGUAGGAAGUUUCCAUGCUUACAGCAUACUCAGAGACCUAUGAUCCAAAAUCUUUUGUGAACCAGUGGGGGGCUGUACCAGGUAGGAAGUUUCCAUGCUGCCUUUAGGCACUCCGCACAAUUCAGCUCGUAUCAGGAUUUGAACUCAAGCCCCCCUCAGGUAGCCAAACAGUAUUUGCCACUGAGCCACACAUCCAUUGUUCCAGCACAAUGCCCAACAGCUUUUACUUCAACCAACUAAAGUCAGGUACCAAUUAGAGUUGGAUGGAUUCAGGGGCGUCUUAGAAAUCUCAAAAUAAAAAAUCUGUGUCUUCAUUUAGAGUCGAAAUUCUCUGUUCAAAAGCCAAGUGCUAUAUCACUUGUGAUAUGAUUUAGCUUAAAUGCAAUAUGAAUUUCCAUUGAAUGAUGGAUGCUUAGAUUUUUAGUCACAAUUGAAAUUACUUAGAAACAAACAUACCGGUGCCAAGUAAAACUGGUGUUGCCAAACUUUUGUUUCAUUUUGCUUGCAAUCAUCCCAUUAUAUGAACUUAAUGUCUGAGUAUGUUGAUUAGAAUGGUAAAGAUACACAAUUGUCUUUCACUUUGUUGCUCAAAAGUAUCAAAUAGUAAUUUGAUAUUCCUUUUAUUCUGAUGUUUACUAUAACAAUAUACUUUGUAAUAUGUACAUUCACUUUCUGUUUGAGAAGUCAUAUUAUAUAGGUAUGUGAUAUACUUUGAACCAUUGUUGCAAAUGUUAAUAUUGUCUUUGAGCCUGUCUUUUAUGUAUCAAAAGAAAACGUUUUUGAUAGAAUUUAUAUUUGGUGCCUUACUAUUUAUGAUAUUAGACACUGGACUUAUAGAUAUUACCUAAUAAAAUCCUUAUUUACAAUUGCA